AUGGCGGUGUUAUCCACACUUUCUAUUGGCUUGUGGGCCGAGGGCCUUAUCGCUUUGGGAUUGUUGUGUCUCACAAAGCUGGUUUGGGACAUAUUUUUCUCGCCGUUGAAGGCCAUUCCUGGUCCGACCUUGGCAAAGGUUACGAAUUUCUGGCGUGCGAUUCAUACAUACCGGGGACGUGUCGAUCUGAAGCAUCUUGACUUGCAUCGCAAAUAUGGAAAUGCAGUGCAGAUUGGACCUAAUUGCGUGAGCAUUUCGGACCCUGAUUUGAUCCGGACUAUUUAUUCGACCCGUAAUCCAUGGAAGAAGAGUGAUAUGUACAGACCGAAUGACGUGCUUAUUGAAGGUCACCGUUUAUCCAACCUCUUCAACUCCCAGGAUGAAGAGUGGCAUGAUAGGAAUAUCCGGCCUAUUCGCGGACUUUGGAGCAUGACCAAGGUUUUGGAAUACGAGCCCCUGAUCGACGAGACUCUGACCAAGUUUGUGGACAAGCUUGCGCUGAGAUUUGUCGAUGGCGAAAAUGCCGACAAAGUCUGCCCAGCAGAUGAAUGGAUCGGAUUUUUCGCCUGGGACGUCACGGCGAACUUCAGCUUCGGCCGUCACUAUGGCUUCAUCGAUCAAGAAAAAGAUGUCGACAAUCUAAUCACUGACUCAACCGCUGGUCUCAUCUACUUCGCGCCGGUCUCCCAAGUCCCCUGGAUAGACAACCUCCUCGACAAAAACCCGAUUAAACGAAUCGGCCCCAAACCAACUCUAACCGGCGUCUUGUAUGCCUUCAAAGUCGCAGCAGAAUAUCAAGCCCAACUAGCCUCAAAAAAUACAACUGCAGGCUCACCGGGCGUAUCCCACACCCUAGACAAAUACGUGGCUCUAAAGCAAGCAAACCCAGAUCUGGUGAACGACCAACAAAUCGUCAACUGGCUCAUGCUCAGCAUCCUCGCAGGCGGGGACACCAGUUCCGCAACAAUGCGCGCAGUACUAUACUACCUUGCAAAAGCGCCAACAGCAGCCGCAAAACUAUCAUCCGAGCUUGAAGCAGCAUCACUCCCUACUCCUGCACCUUGGGCAUUGAUUCGGGAUUUGCCCUAUCUAGACGCUGUGAUUCGGGAGGCUAUGCGUAUCAAUCCUGGCAUUGCUAUGGUUUUUGAGCGUAUUGUGCCCGAGGGUGGCUUUACGCUUCCGGAUGGACGGUAUCUUCCUGCUGGGACGAAGGUGGGAUCUAAUCCGUUUGUUACGGGUCGUGAUUAUGGCGUUUUUGGGGAUGAUGCUGAUAGCUUCAAUCCCGAUCGCUGGCUGAGGGGGGAGGGCGAGAGUGAGGCUGUGUUUGAUGUGAGGUUCCGGCGGAUGAAGGAUACAGUUGAUUUUGUUUUUGGAGGUGGUGGGAGGAUUUGUAUGGGGAGGUAUUUGGCUAUGUUGGAGAUCAAGAAGUUGAUUGCCACGCUUUAUAGCUUGUUUGAUAUUCAACUUGUUGACCCUAAGCAUGAGUGGAAGUAUCGGGAUGCUUGGUUUGUUUAUCAGUAUGAUAUGCCGAUGAUUAUUCGGCGUCGUACUGCGACUCAGUGA